UUUACUAUAACAGCCUACCCCCAACCCUAUUAGGAAAGGAAUACAUAAACUCCUUUCCAGCUCUUUAAGUUAAGUUACGUUAAUUCAAUUCAAGAACUAUCUUAGACUCGUAAAUUAAGCGUCAGAGGUUUAAAUGUUUUUAUCCGCGGCGUUUGACAGCAUUGUCCGCCAAUAACGAGUCACUGAACUCGGUGUGAGAUCCGCUUAUGGACCGUCUUGCAUCUGUUGAGCAUUACAAAGCAGGCAUGCUGCUCAGUGGGGUAGGAGAUGCGAUUGGUUACAGAAAUCAGUUGUGGGAAUACAACCAAUCUGGUCCUGCCAUUCAUCAGCAGUCAUCCAUUCAUCCAGGAACUGCAAGAGCUCGGAGGGCUAGAAAACAUCUAUGCUCAACUUCCUGAAUGGCCUGUGAGUGAUGACACAGUACUUCACUUAGCAACUGCUGAGGCUCUAGCAACAGGAAAAGAAGGUGAGGAGCUACUGCACGAGGUUGCCUUUGGUUAUGUAGAGGGAAUGAAGGACAUGGAAGGAAGAAAGCCUGGACCAUCUAGCAUUCUGGGUAUUUCUCAGUUGCGGCCAGGCAUUGAAGGAGGUUACAGGAUUCUCUACAAUCCAGAAGGCACUGGUUGUGGGGCAGCGAUGAGGUCCAUGUGCAUCGGCCUUAGAUAUCCUCGUCCUGAGCAACUGUCCUCACUGGUUGCAGUUGCUGUGGAGACUGGAAGAAUGACGCAUCCUCAUCCAACCGGAUUUCUCGGCGCUGUGGCUUCAGCCUUGUUUGUCGCCUACGCGGUCCAGCGGAGACCAGUCGUGACAUGGGGUUUGGGUUUGCUGGAAGAGGCUUGUCCUAUAGCAAAGACAUUUGUGCAGUCUACAGGUUAUGCUGUUACUGAGACUCAGAGAGACUGGGACUACUUUAUUGAGAAAUGGAAAUGGUACUUAGAUCUCAGGGGACUGUCUUCUGGAAUUGGGCCAGUUAACUUGCCGGACCAGUAUGGGCCAGCUGAACGAGAUGAUGCUUACAAAAGCUUUAGCCUAUCAGGGUGGGCCGGUCGGAGCGGCCAUGACGCUCCAAUGAUAGCUCUGGAUGCCCUUUUGGGGGCUGGGUCAAACUGGGAGGAACUCAUGAGUCGAGCAGGAUUACAUGGAGGAGACAGUGACAGUACUGCAGUGAUCGCCUGCUGCUGUUGGGGUCUGCUGUAUGGGACAGAGGGAGUGCCCGAGUGUAACUAUAAAAACCUGGAGUACAGAGGCCGCCUGGAAAGCACAGCUGAAAAACUUUAUGCUCUUUCUCACUGAUACAGAGGCAAACUCACAAAGGAAAACACAUGAGAAUAUGAGAGAAACAAGCCAAAAAGUACAAUAAUCACUUUCACCAACUGAUUCCCAGAUAUUGUUAUCUUUUGAAAGAAUACGCUUUGCUUAAAAGACUCAUAAUGAAGAACAUUUACAUUAGACUCGUAUGCAGAUAUACAGUAUGUAUGACUCAACUAAUGACAAAUUAAUAUUAGUAUGUAUGACAUUAUUUUAUGGCCUUACUUUGGAUAGCCCUGAAAUGAAAUAUGCUGGCAUACCUUCAAAUAAUGAUUUCUUUUUAGCUUUAAUGUGUUUGUUUUGGUUUCGAUUCUGCUAAUUCAGUAGAAAAUAUAGGUGUCGCCGUAUACUAGUAUUCUGCAUAAACCCUUCUUUACAUCUAAUUUGUCAAAGUUUACUGUAAAACUUUAUCUUAAAAUACAUGUUAGAUGGAUUUCAAUGAUUGCCCAGUUAUAAUUCAAAUUAACAAAUCUUAAACAUGCUACAAUUGUUGGAAGUUCUUUUUCUCUUUGUGUGUUUACUGCAUUAUUAUAAAGUUAAUGGUAGGCAUGUAGUUUGGGAAUGGCAGAUUGCCACAGGAAUAAAUAUUCAUCAUGCUUGUUCCUGAGCCUAAUGUUUAGCUAAAAUGUUUAAAAUGUCAUAUAUUAUAUAUGAAGCAGAUUAUAUAUAAUGUAAAAGGGCUAGUCACAGUGCCAGCAAACUUGAGGCCAGUAAAAAAGUGUCAUUGUUACCAGUAAAAU